AUGAUGGACUCCUACAUCGAACCCCUUGGAAAGGUUGAGAUGCGGCUGCUAGAAAGUUCUGGCGCAAACUACGCGGCGUUCGAGCACAGGAGCAUGAUGCAGAUAAUGCCGAUACUGGUGGCAGACGAGAGUGCAUUGAAGGAUGGACCGGAGGGAGAGCUGCGUGCUUUGCAGGUCAAGGCGUUCCGGCUGUAUGCCGUGUUCUACAAGGCGUUUCUGGGGGCAAUCUUGAAGAAGAAACCGGUGCUCACGAAGAAGUAUCGGACAAUGCGGAUUGGCGGAGCGGCGGAUCCAGUGUACGAUGAGUACAUAACCACGCUGGGAGACGAUAUGAAGGGUUUGGCUGACGAGUUUAAGGCGUUGGGUCUGGCUACCAACAGCGUGCAGGUCCAUACGGCGGUGGCCAUUCCGCGCACAAGAGGCGGCGAGCUGGUGGCCAAAGGGACAUUUGUGAAGGCGUCGCCCCGAGAGAGGUGGUAUUCGGACGUGGCGCUGCUCAAUGACAAGGGUGGGGACUGCUGCAACCUCACGGGAUGUACGCAGCUGCACAAGACAGUGGAGGAUGUGAGGUUCUCGAUGGUGGAGCUGAAAAGCCUGCAGAGAGUGGUGCACGUGUGCCCUUCGUACAGCAACAAAAAGGCCCUGCUUGCUACCGCACAUCCGGAUGACGUGUUCUGCUUCCACGAGAUUAAUUUUCUUCCCAGCCGGCUGCCGAAGUCGUACAUUCCGGAUAAGCGCAAUGUGGUGGAGCGUAUCGUCAGCGUCGGCAUCCUCUACAACGCGACGGGGAGUUGUUCCGCAGUGCCUCUUGUGGUGCUAGAGCCAUCCAAUAGGCCCGAGCGCCGGCGGGCGAGCGCCGCAUCGCGCAAGGUGGCCGUUCGCCGUGAUCGCAACACCAUCAUCCUCACCAUUCACAAGGCGCAUCGCAUCACAGGCGAGGUGGCGCCGCCCGUCACGGAGCACGGCUUCAGUGUGCAGCACCUCACGAACACCCGAGUCGUCAACAUUCGUGGAUCGGUUCCGGAGACGGGCCUGCCGCACCUGCAGGGAGUGGGUGACGCGCUGAAGGCGUAUUACCGCGUUAUGCUGAUGAGGCGUGCGAUAGGGUUCAAGCGGUUCCAGUUCGACUAUUCGGCUUCCAUCGCUGAUGUCGACUAUAACGACAUACUCGAGUGGCUGGGAGAAGCGUGA